AUGAUUCCAUAUGUCUCUUCCUUUAAGUGUAGCUGUCCCGUCGCUAUGACUGCUGUCUCUAACCUAUCCACUCUUUUCUAUCUAUCUAUCUAUCUAUCUAUCUAUCUAUCUAUCUAUCUAUCUAUCUAUCUCUCUGGGACUACCAAUAUCUAUCUAACUGUCUUUCUAUCUAUCUAUGUGGGACUAUUAGUUUUCAUCUAUCUAUCUAUAUCUAUCUAUCUAUCUCUCUGGGACUACCAAUAUCUAUCUAACUGUCUUUCUAUCUAUCUAUGUGGGACUAUUAGUUUCUAUCUAUCUAUCUAUCUAUCUAUCUAUCUCUCUGGGACUACCAAUAUCUAUCUAACUGUCUUUCUAUCUAUCUAUGUGGGACUAUUAGUUUCUAUUUAUCUAUCUAUCUAUCUAUCUAUCUAUCUAUCUAUCUAUCUAUCUCUCUGGGACUACCAAUAUCUAUCUAACUGUCUUUCUAUCUAUCGAUGUGGGACUAUUAGUUUCUAUCUAUCUAUCUAUCUAUCUAUCUAUCUAUCUAUCUAUCUCUCUGGGACUACCAAUAUCUAUCUAACUGUCUUUCUAUCUAUCUAUGUGGGACUUUUAUCUAUUCUAUCUAUCUAUCUAUCUAUCUAUCUAUCUAUCUAUCUAUCUCUCUGGGACUACCAAUAUCUAUCUAACUUUUUAUCUAUCUAUCUAUCUAUCUAUCUAUCUAUCUAUCUAUCUAUCUAUCUCUGGGACUACCAAUAUCUAUCUAACUGUCUUUCUAUCUAUCUAUGUGGGACUAUUAGUUUCUAUCUAUCUAUCUAUCUAUCUAUCUAUCUAUCUAUCUAUCUCUCUGGGACUACCAAUAUCUAUCUAACUGUCUUUCUAUCUAUCUAUGUGGGACUAUUAGUUUCUAUCUAUCUAUCUAUCUAUCUAUCUAUCUAUCUAUCUAUCUAUCUAUCUCUCUGGGACUACCAAUAUCUAUCUAACUGUCUUUCUAUCUAUCUAUUUUCUAUCUAUCUAUCUAUCUAUCUAUCUAUCUAUCUAUCUAUCUAUCUCAUGCAGGCUUGUUAUAAAUCUAUCUAUCUAUCUAUCUAUCUAUCUAUCUAUCUAUCUAUCUAUACAUACAUACAUAUAUAUAUAUAUAUAUAUAUAUACGUACAACAUGCUGCAACUAUCUAUCUAUUUAUCUAUUUAUCACACCGUAUUUGCCUAUAUCUUUCGCUCAAUGAAUAUUCCAUUUUUAAAUUCUCUCUCUUUCGCUUUCUGGAGAACAAAUGGUAG